AAAAAAAAAAAAAGAAAUUCUACAUUUUUGUAUACUAAUAUAUUUACAUUGAAAAACAUAAACAACAUCAAGUUUACGAGAUUUCUUCCGAUUUUAUCGAUUAUAACUGUUUAACCGUUUGUUAUUGUUUUAUAUGAAUAAAUAAGACCAAAUUCCCUUUCAUACAAUAUGAUGAAUGAACGAACAGUCUUUGUUAUUUAUGUGACAUACAUCCCAGUUGUAUUUUGUUUGUACUGAUUGAUUAAAACGAACUUUCUGCCUGUCAAAUGCAGCAGCAGGCAUUUUAAUGAAACAUAGGUAAAGUGAAUUGCAAUUUAAUGUUAAAGAGAAGAAGAAUAAUUUUACAAAAAAACGAAUAACGGUAUAAGCAUAAAGCAUAUACGCUAAAGUAACGAAAUAUUUCAAAAUUAAAGUUGAUAUCUCGCCUCUAAUGUAUACACGCACAUACUCAUUGAUAAGCCAUACAAAUAAAUGUUAAGGGGAGCGUAACUUUAAUCUGAGAAAGAGGAAAUAAGUAAACGGAUUUACGGUUAGUGUGCCAUAGAUAUAAAUAAAAUCAGUGUCAAUCAGGCCAGCACCAGUCAGUCAGUCGGUCCAUCAAGCGGCAGUAAGCGAUGCAAGAAGAGUGUAAUAUUAACAAUAGCAAUAACAACAACAGCAACAGUCAACGACGAAAAGAAUGACAAUUUCUAAACUAAAACAAAAAAGGAAUAACAUAGGGAUUUGAAAUUACGAACACGAACACAGCUUCAACUCAUUCAAUCCCUCUAAUUGUAUAUAUAUAUAUAUAUAUAUAUAUAAUCAAGUUUGUCAGAUCUAGAUUGUAUUUAUAAAAAUACCGUCAAGUUGGAAGGAAAACGGUUAUUCUCGGCAGUGAAUAAUUUUUUUGCUGGUUCAUCCAUUGCCCGGGAAUUGAGGCAACUAAUGACCAGAAAUACUUCGGUUACGGGUGAUGACGAGAUUGCUGAACUUGGCGACAAUAUUAAUCAAUUAUCGGCUCGUGAGGAAUACGAGGAAGAACAGAAUCAUACAAAAUGCACAGAUAUGCAAGAGAACACUGCCGUUGCUGCUUCCAGGGAUGACGUAGAAUUGCCGGUCUCAGUUUUAGAACGGCAAAAGACUGUGAUGUCAACUACGAAACAGACUAGAUUAUCGCGAAGAAGUAAAGGUAACGAAGUAAUGAUCAUAAAAGAUGAUCAAAGCACACAUAGACAACGGAAUUAUCAACGAAAGUCGGCUAAUAGUUAUGAGAGUACAACAAAAUCAACUAAACAGCAUCAGCAAUACUAUCACAAUAAACCGAUACCCAAUACCCGGGUAACUUAUGUUCGGGAUUGUUCAGAGGAAAUUGUCUAUGACGCCAGUGAUAACGGCGACGAAGACAAUGAAGACAAUGAUGUGGAAAUAAGAUAUGCCGUAGAUAGCGAUGAGGACGAUUUGAUGCCUGAAUUAGAGGAUUAUGACGAAGAUAUCGAUGAAGAGGAUGAUGACGAUGUCAGUGGAGGUCGUAAAAAGAAGAAGUUUAGUUUUAUUUCUAGCAGAUCGAUGGGUGGUAAACAUAAGGCACGCACACGACAAUUUUCCAAGCAACGCACAAUUUCCAGUGAAUCUCAAGAGGGUUCUACUGGUCGCAUCAUAUCCAAAGGUCAAAUGAGAGAAUUUCGUGAAGCUUUCCGCUUAUUCGAUAAGGAUGGUGACGGCUGUAUUACGAAAGAGGAGUUGGGCACUGUCAUGCGUUCAUUGGGUCAGUUCGCUCGUGUCGAAGAGUUGCAAGAAAUGUUGCAAGAAAUCGAUGUUGAUGGCGACGGUAAUGUUAGCUUCGAGGAAUUUGUUGAUAUCUUAUCGAAUAUGGCCUAUGAAGAUAAAUCCGGCCUAUCAGUGGCCGAUCAAGAAGAACGCGAGCUACGUGAUGCUUUUCGAGUAUUUGAUAAACACAAUCGCGGCUAUAUAACCGCAUCCGAUUUAAGAGCAGUACUGCAAUGUCUAGGCGAAGAUCUGGAUGAAGAAGAUAUUGAAGAUAUGAUUAAAGAAGUCGACGUUGACGGUGACGGUCGUAUUGACUUCUAUGAGUUUGUACACGCUCUGGGUGAACCGGAAGAUUCACAGGAUAACGACGAAGAGGAGGAGAACACUACAUCGCCGUUGCCGACACCAAAAUCAAAUGUUUCCCUUACAUAUGAUUAAAUACUUAAUUAAUUCUCAAUAUAAAAAAAAAACUCGAAAUUAAUAACAUAAGGUAAAGAAAUCCUUGGCGAAAACUGAAAAAUGAAAAAAAAAA